AUGAGAAGUAUAGUUCUACUUUCUCAAAGUAUACGCCCUGUUCUAAGCUCCUGUCGUCUGAUACACACAACUGCUCCAGUGAGUUGGCAACGUUUUGAAAAUGAAAGGCAUUUCGAGCCGGGAGAAGACGUGAUGAAGAGAGUUUGGCAUGGACUGACAUAUGACUUUCGAAGGUGGAAGAGAAGAUUUCAAGAGGCGAGGAAAGAUGCAUUCAAACGUAGACAUCCUAUCGCUCAUAUGAAACAUGGAACUCUUGAUAAUGAAGUUUUCCCAUAUCGAGCGGAAAUUAUCAUCAUCGGUGGUGGUCUUACAGGAUCUUCUACAGCGUUUUGGCUGAAAGAGAGAUUUCGAGAUGAAGAUUUUAAGGUAGUUGUUGUUGAGAACAAUGACGUCUUCACCAAAAGCAGCACAAUGCUCUCCACGGGUGGAAUUACUCAACAGUUUUCCAUUCCGGAGUUUGUCGAUAUGAGUCUGUUCACAACCGAGUUUUUGAGACAUGCUGGAGAGCAUUUGAGAAUUCUUGAUUCAGAACAGCCAGACAUUAAUUUCUUUCCAACUGGAUAUUUGCGUUUUGCCAAAGCAGAAGAAGAAGUAGAGACAAUGCGAGCUGCGUGGAAAACCCAGAUCGAGCGUGGAGCUAAAGUACAACUCUUAUCGAGAGACGAGUUAUCAGAGAGAUAUCCAUACAUGAAUGUAGAUGACAUACUAUUAGCAAGUUUAGGUGUGGAGAAUGAAGGAACUAUUGACACGUGGCAACUUCUGUCGGCUAUUCGAGAGAAAAAUAUCACCUUGGGAGUACAGUAUGUAAAAGGAGAAGUAGAAGGAUUCCAGUUUGAACGUAAUCGUGCAAGUUCUGAAGUUCAUGCUUUUGGAGAUGAUGCCACUGCAGAUGAGAACAAGUUGAGAGCUCAACGCAUUUCAGGAGUUUUGGUCCGUCCACAAAUGAACGAUGCAUCUGCUCGACCGAUUCGCGCUCAUUUGAUUGUGAAUGCCGCCGGACCAUGGGCUGGACAAGUGGCGAAAUUAGCCGGAAUCGGCAAAGGAACUGGUCUGCUGGCAGUUCCUGUUCCUAUUCAACCCCGGAAACGAGACGUUUUUGUUGUAUUUGCUCCGGACGUUCCAGCUGAUCUGCCAUUCAUUGUUGAUCCUUCAACCGGAGUUUUCUGUCGACAAUCUGAUUCCGGACAAACAUUUUUAGUGGGAAGAACGCCGUCAAAAGAAGAAGAUUCUAAACGUAAUCAUGAUAAUUUGGAAGUGGAUUACGAUGAUUUCUAUCAAAAGAUAUGGCCAGUUCUCGUGGAUCGUGUACCUGGAUUUCAGACAGCAAAAGUAAAAAGUGCAUGGAGUGGCUAUCAAGAUAUCAACACUUUUGAUGAUGCCCCAGUUAUCGGUGAACAUCCACUCUAUACGAAUUUACAUAUGAUGUGUGGAUUUGGAGAAAGAGGAGUGAUGCACUCAAUGGCCGCAGCACGUGCCUAUGCUGAACGAAUCUUCGAUGGUGCCUAUAUAAAUGUGAAUCUUCGAAAGUUCGAUAUGCGACGAAUCGUAAAAAUGGACCCGAUUACAGAGCCAUGCAAGCUUUAG